AUGCUUUUUCACUCACCAGGUUAUAAAAAUAUUCAUAUUGAACUUGAAAGUGCUAGGUCUAAUGAUUUGCCUAUAGCAAUAAGAAGCAUUGUGAAUAGGAUAAAAAUAUUCCUUAUAGCUAGUAAAGGUGCUUCUCUCCAACUUAUAAAAAUAGAUAAAAGCCAAGAAGUUAUAGGAAAUCGUAAAAGGAUUUGCAAUGUGGUUAAGGUUGAAGUAUUAGUUAUCAAGGAAACAGAUUUUGAUGCAAUUAAUAUUUUCCAAAAUCUUGAUCCUGAAGAAGCUGAAAAUCUUAAGUUUGACUAA